CUACCGAUGAGUAUAAAUACAGGAGUCUGCAGAGCAGCGUUCACAAGGCAAACGUGUUUCAUCUCAGCUGAACAUCAUCUGACCACCGACCACCAUGAGCAUAUCUACAGACUGGGUUCCUUCUUUGUGGAGGGAGACCUUUGAGGAGUUGCUGGACGAAGACAAUGAGCUGGACUAUGGAGACCAGUGGAAUCUCAACUUUAGCUAUGUGCAGACAGCUGAUGUCACCCAGGAGGAGAGAAAGAGAGGCUGGAAGAUCUACUGCCACAGUGGCUUUGGAAGUUUUGAGUGUGCAUCUUGCCACAAGGUCUGGUCUUCAGCACGAGUGUCGUUGUUGUUCCGUUACCGGCUGCGACGUGACCGCGGCUCAGUGAUCAUGAGGCCCUUUGGACAGGCCUGUCUCAGUUGCCAAGACAAUGAUUUUCAUCGCCCUGGUUUUACCACGGAAGAGGUGGAAGACGUCUUGUGCAGACUGUUUGCCAAAAUCCGGAAGAAUUGCUACAGAGUUGAGGACGACAACAAUUGUGGUGACAGUUCACCAAAAACCAAGAGGUUUACCAAACCUCAUGAGGCAGACUUCUGUGAGGCCUGCCAACAGGGCAUCUGCUGUCAGCCGGAUGAGACAGAUGCAGAGAUAAACUGACAGUGGCUGAUAAUUGUCUGAGAUGUUUUUUUAAUGUUGUAUUACCCUAUUGUCCUAUUUUAUAAUUGGCACUUUUUGUCAUGAUUGUUGUAUUGUGUUUUUUAUUUUAUUCCAUUAAUGAUAAUAAUUCUAUAUUAGCGUCAGCACCAAUAAUACAUAUGUUGUAAUAAAGUCAUGUGUUUCAACGUG